UACAUAUCUAUGUAUGAGUUACUACGAUUUGCAUCACAGCAGGGCAUUGCAUGCAAAAAUGCCUACCUACAUACAUUUUACUUAUAUCUAAACUAUAUAAAGCAGGCGAGUGUAUCGCUGCUGGGUCGGUGGCUUUUUUGAGAAGUUAGCCUCUCCUUUCCUCUCUCCACUCUGCAGAGAGAACAGGAGAGGCUAACUUCACUAAUGUUGGGGUAACGGGCUUAUCGACGGGCCUAUUUUGCAGUAUCUAGUAGUAUCUACUUAAGAUCUUAGUACUAGUAGAUACUUAAGUAUCUACUAGUAUCUACUUAAUUCCAAAACUGCAGUCUGCAUGACUUCACUCGACUCAUUAUUUAAGUAUUUAUUUAUAUCUCACCGAAAUCAUUGUUGAUAAUGAUAAGUGACACUCAAUGAUAUCUCAUCAUAGAUAAAAUUCUAACUAUAUUCUUAUGCAUUUCUAAUUCUACCCUCGCUGAGCUCCAAUGCGAUCAUUAUAUUUUUAUAACAAUUUAUGUCACAAUGGUGUCCAAUCCAAUUCUACUUUCUACUCUACUAUUUCUCCUCCUCACUGUAAAAUAUGGUGUCGAAGCACAAAAGGACCCCCACUUCACCGAAGGAAGACAAUCUAUCGUCCACCUUUUUGAAUGGAAGUUUAACAAUAUCGCAGACGAGUGCGAAAGAUUUCUUGGACCAUAUAAAUACGCAGGUGUUCAAACAUCACCUGUAACUGAGAAUGUUCUUCAAUUGACCCCGUUUCGCCCAUGGUCCGAACGCUACACUCCAGUCUCUUAUCAAUUUACGACGAGAUCUGGAAACGAAAGUGAACUUGCCUCCAUGAUUCAAAGAUGCAAUGCGGUCGGUGUCCGAAUUUAUGUCGACGUGGUUCUCAACCACAUGUCGGGACGAAGCUCCUGCUGCAUUGGAACGGGUGGAAGCAGUUUUGACCCCGCCACGAAAAGCUAUCCAGGAGUUCCUUAUACUGCGGAGGAUUUUAAUGGGCAUGGCGACGGCCUCGAGUGCGAGUCAGACAGUGGACUGAUUGAUGAUUAUCAAGAUGUUACCCAGAUAAAAAAUUGCGAGUUGGACACAUUGCGAGAUUUGAACCAGAAGAAGGCAAGCGUGCAGAAUAAGAUUGUCGAAUUUCUCAACAAACUUAUUGGUUUUGGAGUUGCUGGAUUCAGAGUCGAUGCCUCGAAGUACAUGUGGGUCCAGGAUUUAGAAGUGAUUUUCAGUAGGUUAGAUAAUCUAUCGACCUCUGCAGGUUUUCCGGAAAACGCGAAGCCAUUCAUUGUCAUGGAAGUUUGGGAUUUGGCAUUUGCCGGAGGAACUGAUCCGGUCCACGCCAAUGAAUAUCAUCACCUCGGACGAACGACCGAGUUCCAAUACGGGAUGUUUCUGGGCGAUGUCCUUCGUGGAUUUACACCUUUGAAAAACCUUUGGAAUUUUGGUGAACCUUGGGGAAUGUAUGCGUCCGAAAAUGUCCUCGUGUUCGUGGACAACCAUGACAAUCAGAGAUACCAAGGGUUCUACGAUACAAAUAUAUUAACUUUUCGGAACGGUGGACUAUACCGAAUGGCACAGGGGUUCGCCCAAGCUUGGCCAUUUGGUUUGAAAAGGGUGAUGUCUUCCUAUUACUGGGAACCAGACUGGCAAGAUGGCAAAGACAGGAACAAUUGGAUGGGCCCACCUCAUGACGAUGACGGCAACACGUUGGAUGUUCCCAUUAAUAAUGACCUCACAUGUGGGGGUGGCUGGAUAUGUGAGCACCGUUGGAGAGAAAUAUUCAACAUGGUUUCGUUUGGAAAUGUUGUCCAUGGAACUCCAGUCACCAAUUGGUGGGACAAUGGGAACAACCAAAUCGCAUUUUGUCGAGGAAAUAAAGGAUUCGUGGCAAUGAAUAAUGAGCAGAAUGUUCCUAUGGAUGAAUUUCUAAUGACUUGCCUACCUGCGGGUGACUAUUGUGACGUAAUUUCGGGAAAUGUUUAUAACGGGACUUGUUCUGGUAAAACGAUUCGCGUCGCUUUAAGCGGAUCAGCAGAAAUUUACAUUCCUCACACCGAUGAGACACGAAUGGUUGCAAUUCAUGUGGAGGCAAAAUUACCUUGAGCGGAGCCCUUUUCAAUUGAAGUAGACUGAAAAUAAGUACAUAUAUGCAUGCGCAUCUGCCUAUGUAAAUGUGUUUUAAAUUAAAUCCAUAUAUUGAAAGUAUGAUACGCAAAUAGCAGUGCUAUGUGUAUGUAAAAUAAGCUGAGUUUUCGCUAAACAUGAAUUACUAGAUAAUUACGUAAUUUUGUGAUUUUACAAAUGCACAUCUUAGUUAUGUAAGUUGACUAAAUAAAUAAAAACAUAUGCACAUAAA